AUGGAACAUCACAGGGAUCAAGUCAGGCGUGUGAUUAAUGAGUAUCUCGCUGGUUUGGACGACUCGUUGCGACGAGUCAAUCUUGACAUACACAGCAAUCCCGAGCUUGCCUACGAGGAACACUACGCGCAUGACACGAUCAGUACAUUGUUGGAAGACUUGGGCGUGCCGGUGACUCGCAGUGCGUACGGGUUGGCCACCUGUUUUGAGGCAACGGGGGGCUCGGGGGGACGCUGCGUCAACUUUAACGCUGAGCUCGAUGCCUUGCCAGGUAUUGGACACGCGUGUGGGCAUAACCUCAUUGCUACUGCGAGCGUGGCAGCUUUCCUCGCUCUGAGACACGCCAUUGCGGAGUUUGCGGUGCAAGGUCGAGUUCAACUGCUUGGGACACCGGCCGAAGAGGAUGGCGGGGGCAAAAUUGAUCUGUUAAAGCGCGGCGCGUACGACAAGGCCGACGUAUCGUUGAUGGUCUUCCGUGACCGCGGCGUCAUUGGCGCUGCUGGCCAAAGAUCUGUCGCUUGCGUCGAUCUGGUGUGCACAUAUACCGGGGUGAGUGCCCAUGCUGGUGCUAAUCCUUGGGAGGGUGUGAAUGCCUUGGAUGCCUUUGUGACAGCGUAUAUGAAUGUCUCCGCUCUGCGCCAGCAAAUACAGCCACAGGAACGAAUUCAUGGGACGAUUCUGGAGGCCCCGAAAAUUACCAAUGCGAUACCGGAGAAGACUGUAGCAAAGUUCUCUAUUCGAAGCCCCACCAUGAGUAGCCUCGCGGCUCUUAGUGAGCGCGUACGCAACUGUUUGCAGGCUGGUGCUCUCGCCACUGGGUGCCAUGCGGCUUUUGAGGAUACCCCCGCGUACGCCGAUCUGCGCGUAAACGAACCUUUGUGUGCGGAGUACCGUCAGUCUAUGCAGGAUCAAGGAGAGAUGCUGUUGCUCGAGGACGAGGAGAUGAUGACGGGGUCGACCGACCAAGGGAAUGUCAGCUAUGCCCUCCCGGCGCUCCAUGCGAUCAUCGGCAUUCCAGUUCCCAACAGUGCCAAAAAUCAUACGCAUGCGUUCUGUGUCGCCUCGGGCGAGCUGGAUGCUUACAGGAUCAUCAUGAAAGCCGCAGCAGCGAUGGCCAUGACGGGCUGGGCGUUGUUGACGGACGACAUAUUCUCUGCGAGGGUAAAGGCGGCGCACGGGCAGGCUGCCAACUAG